AUGUCGUACAGAGAGCUUAGGAAUAUUUGCGAAAUGACCCGCGCAUUAGGCUAUCCGCGGCAAUUGUCGAUUGAAAACUUUCGUACACCGAACUUCAAGCUUGUUGCCGAGCUUUUAGAAUGGAUAGUGAAAAGGUUCGAGCCAAAUGCAUCGCUGAGUGCUCAGCAAACUGAAACAGAACAGGAACGUGUAAUUUUCAUAAAACAAGCAGUUUUAUUGAUGCUGCAAAAUUCUCGGUUGAGAAUGAAUCCAAAGCGAUUGUACCAGGCUGACGGCAACGCUGUGCAAGAGCUUCUACCAGCCAUUACUGUGCUUUACAAUGCUACGAAGCAGCUAACCUCGGAGGACAUACAUGAACAAUGGAGUUCUUUAAAAUCCUCUAUUAAUCAAAAAUUGCAAGACGUCAAAGUUGCUCGUCAGUUAUCCUCUCAAUUACCUCAAACAGCGGCCGCUCUUCAUGAUCUCUUGUAUAAAGAACUCGCUCACAGAGAACAAAGAAAUUCGGCAACUGCUCGACCUGUCCCCCUCUCUGAGGCUGAAAAAAGCCUUCAACAGGCAAUAGCGGCGAUAAAUGAAGAAACAGAAGAGCUUGGUAAUAAGCUGAAUAAUGUUGCCAACGACGAAAUGAGCUUGGAUGAGAAAAUUGAACGGAAAAAACGUGAAUACGAGCAAAUGCAGAAGCGAUAUGCAAAACUUCAGGCUUUCCGUCCCCAAUACAUGGAUGAGUACGAGAAUUAUGAAAAAAGGUUACAAGAAAGAUACGAAAUUUACGUUCUGCAAUUUCGGAACUUGACUUAUCUGCAACAACUCGAAAUGGAGAUUGAGCGAUCUGAGAGAAAUAGACAAGUAUAUUAUUUGUUGUGA